AUGGGAAGGCAGAAGGUUUUCCUGGACAAAAUCAUGCAAAGGUGCCACAUCCGAAACCUACUGAUGCGCCAGGCUCUUGCGGAAUGCCUGGGCACCCUCAUCCUCGUGAUGUUCGGCUGUGGUGCUGUUGCUCAGUUAGUCCUGAGUGAAGGAUCACAUGGAAUAUUCCUAACGGUGAAUUUCGCAUUUGGUUUCGCUGCAACGCUUGGGAUUUUAGUGUGUGGCCAGGUUUCAGGUGGCCACCUGAACCCAGCUGUGACGUUUGCCCUUUGCAUCCUGGGUAGGGAACCUUGGAGGAAGUUCCCUGUGUACUUUAUAUUUCAGACUUUUGGUGCCUUCCUUGGAUCUGGAAUAAUAUUUGGCAUGUAUUUUGAUGCACUGUGGGAGUAUCAUAAGGGCAGUCUGACGGUGUUGGGAAAAAAUGCUACAGCUGGAAUAUUUGCCACAUAUCCAUCCAAACAUCUCAGCCUGGUCAACGGCUUCUUUGACCAAGUGAUUGGCACAGCAGCUCUGAUCGUUUGUAUACUCGCCAUCGUGGACCCGUAUAACAAUCCAAUCCCACGUGGGCUAGAAGCCUUCACUGUGGGCUUCGUGGUUUUGGUUAUUGGCCUUUCUAUGGGAUUUAACUCAGGCUAUGCCGUGAACCCCGCCAGAGACCUUGGACCGCGAAUCUUUACCUCACUUGCAGGCUGGGGCAGUGAAGUCUUCACGGUGAAUGAUUACUGGUUCUUUGUUCCAAGCUUUGCACCAUUUGUUGGGGCCAUGGUGGGCAUUUUUGUGUAUCAGCUGAUGGUAGGAUACCAUUUGGAGGCAGAAUCCCAAGACAAGGAAGAAGCAGAGACCCAUGAAGAGCAAUAAAUAUUGAAGUCAUGCAAAGUGUCUGGGUGUGUUGACUGUCUUCAAGUGAAGAGCAACAAGAAGGAAGACUUCAAACUUGGGCCAGAUCAGGAUAAUAACUUUGUACUACAGUAGAAUUAUGAUAUAAACAUGGUUUUCAUUAGAAGACCGAAUUAGAGAAGCCAAGCAACAUAUAUUUAUGUGUCAAAUUUUAUCUUGACGAGAGCAUAUGUCA